CAACCAGCGUUCCAGGUGGACAGUGACUUUCGCAGCCAUUGGGUGAAGUAGAGCCUACAGGUCGUGAUUCAACAUGGCGCAGCAGCAGGAGAGACCCAGCAAGACCGACAGAGCUGUGAAGAAGUACUACAAGGAGGUGACCAUGGCACGGCUUUUGGUCAACGACUUCCUGGAGAAGAACGGCUUCACAGCUGGCAAGCCAAACAGUAAGGGAAGCUUCUGGUUCCGUUGCACCUAUCCUUUGCAUGAAGCGGUGAAGCAAGGUGAUGCACAUAUCACCUCCAAGCUCUUGCUUUUUGGAGCUGACCCAAGUCUCAAGGACAUGUGGGGAAGAAGUGCCUACGACUAUGCCAUGAAGCCUGGCCAUCGGGAUCAUAUGGACAUCAUCAAGAUCCUUGCGCAUCACCUCAAUGGGCAGCCCAUGGAAGCCCCCAGCAACUGCUGGCAUACCUGUCCACCACCAGUUGGGUACGAGGAAUUCUUUGCAGGCCUCGAGCAGGACCCUUUAGUGCAGGUUGGCUCGCGUGAGACGCAAUGGCUAACCAUCCUUGGAAAACGACAUGUGAGAAACGCAUGACCUUCAAGGGCAAGACGUGGCACUGCUUUGCCCACAAUGCAUGGAGCUGUUAGCUCAGAAUUCAUACCACAAGAUUUUAGCUCGUGUCGAUGGUGGUCAUUCUCAAAAGUCGACGGGAACUUUCCUUCAAUUGGAC